AUGCCAUCAGUUAGUGAUUUGAAGGAGGGAAGCUCUCGGAAUGCUUUGCUGCUGCCAGACUUACCCAGUGGACCACUGUGUACUUAUCGUAAGAAAGCAUCCUUCAAUUGGAAGGAGAUGGCAUUGUUCAUAGAGGAAGAAGAUCUCAUUCAGUUCAAGAGCCGAGUAUUCACAGCUUUUGAACAUGAUCCACUUUUUGCUCGUCUCCCUGGAGAAGAAUUAUCCCUUGAGAAAUAUCGAGAGCUAACCUUCCUCCGCUGUAAGAGACUUUUUGAAUACAAUUUUCUAAGGCUGGAAGAUAUCUUGGAGAAACCAUUAAAAAUCAUGCUGCUGAUUACCUGUCUGGGGAUGUACGAUUGGUCUCUUGGAGCCAAAUAUUUGCUGAACUCCCAGGUGUUCAAAAGUGCCAUUGAGAGUUCGGGCUCGGAAAGACAUGAAGAAUUUCUUAAACAAAAUGAGAGCAUGGAGAAUUUUGGAUGUUUUGCUCUGACGGAACUCAGCCAUGGCAGCAAUACCAAGAAUAUACGUACUACAGCUAGAUAUGACCCUUCUACGCAGGAAUUUGUCAUCCACUCACCUGAUUUUGAAGCUGCCAAGUUUUGGAUUGGCAACUUGGGAAAGAAUGCCACGCAUGCUGUUGUUUAUGCCCAGUUACAUACCCCAGAUGGCCAGUGCCAUGGACUUCAUUCUUUUGUUGUACAGGUUCGAGAUCCAAAGACCCUGCUUCCCAUGCCUGGGAUGAUGGUGGGUGAUAUAGGUAGGAAACUUGGACAGAACGGCCUAGAUAAUGGGUUUGCCAUGUUCCACAAUGUCAGGAUACCCAAGGAAAACUUGCUGAACCGAACUGGAGAUAUCACAGCUGAGGGGACAUACACAAGUGCAUAUAAGGAUCUCAAGCAGCGUUUGGGAGCUUCCCUUGGUGCUUUGUCUAGCGGAAGAGUUAUGAUUAUAGCCAUGUCCGUGGUUAAUUUAAAGCUCGCCAUAUCAAUAGCAAUUCGUUUCUCAGCUACUCGGCAUCAGUUUGGACCAACAGAUGAGAAAGAGAUACCCGUUCUUGAAUACCAAAUGCAGCAGUGGCGGUUGAUUCCUUAUUUAGCAGCUGUCUACGCCUUAGACUGUUUCUCUAAGUCACUGUUUAUGAACUUCAUUGAAUUCCACAUCGGCCUUCUAAUGAAGGACAAGAGUCCACGACAGGCUGAACUUGGACGUGAGAUACACGCCUUGUCUACUGCGGGCAAGCCGCUGUCCUCCUGGCUCGCACAACAGGGAGCUCAAGAAUGCCGAGAAGCCUGUGGGGGUCAUGGCUAUUUGGCUAUGAACCGUCUAGGUGACAUCCGCAACGACAAUGACCCAAACUGCACAUAUGAAGGAGACAAUAAUGUUCUGCUGCAGCAAACCAGCAACUACUUGCUGAGCUGGAUGAAUGCCAGGCAUCAAGACAGAGGUCCCAUGACAUCACCGCUGGGCUCUUUGGAUUAUUUGGAAGGCUACGACCACAUUCUUCGCCAGAAAUUCACAGUGUCAAAUGUUCAUGACUGCAUGGAUGCUUCAGUACCUCUAACAGCAUACAAGUGGCUGGUUUGUUACUUGCUUCGAGAGAGUUUCCAAAAGCUGAGAGACCAGGAGCAAUCUGGUUGUACUGAGUUUGAGGCCAGGAACAACAGCCAGGUGUACUACUGUCGUUCCUUAGCAAUAGCUUUCAUCGAGCACACCGUUCUGCAAAGAUAUCACGACUGUGUCCACAGUGCGGACACGCCGGCCGCUCUCCAGCCAGUGCUGCAUCGCCUGUGCUCGCUGUACGGACUGUGGUCUUUGAAUAAGCACAUGGCUGUGCUCUACCAAGGUGGCUUCGUUUCAGGUGAGAAGGCGGGUAGACUUGUGCAAGAUGCAAUUCUAGAGCUUUGUUCACAGCUGAAGGAUGACGCUGUUGCCUUGGUGGAUGUUAUUGCUCCUCCUGACUUCAUUCUCAACUCCCCCAUUGGCAGAGCAGAUGGAGAGCUGUAUAAGAACUUGUGGAGCUCCGUCCUCCAGGGCAGCAAAGUGCUGGAGAGACCGUCUUGGUGGGCAGAGUUUUGUGCCAAUAAACCUGCUGUGGGUAGACUGAGGUCAAGAAUGUAAAUGGAAUGGUACACAGGAGUGACCAAGGUAGGGGUUGGGAUGAUUUACGCUAUUAUGAGCUAAAGAAAUCAUGUUUUAAACAUUGCAAAUGAAGGGACUUUUUGUG